AUGACACCUGCGCAGACCAUUCAGUCAUCAGCAGGACUUUUGAACAUUUACGAAAAAGGAGAGAUUAUCGACUACAAAGAUGGCGUCUGGUUUUGCGGCUCCAAACAAGCAAAGAAACAUGUUGGAGAUAUAUCUGCGGCUGGCACAACAAACUUUGGCUAUGACGAUGAGAGAGGCGACUACAACAUUGUCAUGGGUGAUCACCUAGGAUACCGCUACGAAGUCAUAGAUGUACUUGGAAAGGGAAGCUUUGGACAGGUUGUGAGGUGCAUCGACCACAAGCUCGGCGUUCUUUGUGCUGUCAAGAUUAUUCGCAAUAAGAAGCGAUUCCAUCAGCAAGCUCUGGUCGAGGUCAAUAUCCUGCAAAAGCUCAAGGAAUGGGAUCCUGAUGAGGCUAAUGCGACGCUCACCAUAACAUCGUCCUUCUACUUCCGAAACCACCUAUGUAUCACCUCACCCUCUCUAAGCAUCAAUCUUUACGAAUUUAUCCGGACUCACAACUUCUCUGGUUUCUCGAUACAGCUCAUUCGACGUUUCGCACGCCAGAUACUCGCCUGUUUAUGCCUGCUUCAAUCCAAGCGGGUCAUCCACUGUGAUCUCAAACCCGAAAACAUACUUCUUUGCGACCCUCGUCGUGCAGAUGUUCGAGUUAUCGACUUUGGAAGUUCCUGCAAGGCAGACGAGAAGGUGUAUACGUACAUCCAGUCCCGCUUCUAUCGCUCACCAGAAGUCAUCCUCGGAAGCGAUUAUGGCCUCGGGAUUGACAUGUGGAGUUUCGGAUGCAUCCUGGCAGAACUUUUCACAGGAUACCCUAUAUUCCCUGGUGAGAAUGAACAAGAGCAACUUGCAUGCAUUAUGGAAAUCUUUGGCCCACCUGCUCGGGACAUCAUCGAGAAGGCCUCGAGGAGAAAACUCUUCUUCGACUCAUCCCUCAAGCCGCGCGUCACUGUAUCGAGCAAGGGCCGAAGGAGACGACCUAGCAGCAAGACUCUCGGUGGUGCCAUCAAGUGUGAGGACGAAGCUUUCUUGGACUUCCUCACUCAGUGUCUUCGCUGGGACCCAGAGAAGCGUCUUCGUCCUGAUCAAGCCGUGUUGCAUCCCUUCAUCACC